AUGGGUAAGCCACACGCAAUAGCCGUACCUUACCCGGCACAAGGCCACGUGCUCCUCAUGCUCGAGCUCUCCCAACGUCUCGCAAUGCACGGCAUCAAGGUCACAGUCGUGAACACCGACUUCAAUCAUGCACGUGUCACCAAAUCACUAUCACAUUCAGACAAGCUACAAGAAUCAGUGAACUUGGUCUCGAUUCCAGACGGGCUCGAGCCAUGGGAAGACAGAAAUGAUAUCAGGAGGUUAAGCGAAGGAAUGUGCCAGGUCAUGCUCCCGGAGCUUGAAGCUGUUAUAAAGAAAUUAAACGGAAAAAAUUGUACAGAGAAAGUCACGUGUGUUAUAGCUGACGGGUCGAUGACUUGGGCCCUUGGAGUGGCAGAUAAAGCCGGGCUCAGAAAAGUGGCCUGCUGGACUGUAUCCGGCCUAGCAACAGCCUCACUGUUGAGCAUACCAAAGUUAGUGAGUGAUGGGAUCAUAGACAGCCAUGGACGAAUCUUGAAGCACGAGACCGUCCGGUUCGCGCCCGACUUGCCGCGCGUUCAUUCGACCAACUUCAUAUGGGCUUCGUUCGGGUGCAAAUCCACAUUCGACUCAAGCAAGUUCCAUUCACUACUAAAACUGGCCGAUCGACACAUUUGCAACUCGUCAUUCAGCUUAGAGACGGCUGUGUUAUCGGCAUAUCCAAUCAUCACGCCCGUAGGACCUCUCCUGGCAAACACUGGCCACAGGAAGUCAUUGGGCUAUUUCUGGCCACCGGACCCAGCCUGCCUGGCCUGGCUCGACCGCCACCCGGCUAAUUCCGUCGUGUACGUUGCGUUCGGCAGUUUCACCAUGUUUGGCAGAGAACAGUUUGAGGAGCUGGCACUUGGGCUCGAGCUCACAGGCAUGCCGUUUUUGUGGGUCGUGAGGGGGGACACAGAGGAGACAUACCCGGAUGGUUUUAGGGAGAGGGUGGGAGAAAGGGGGCGGAUCGUGCGGUGGGCCCCACAGCAGCAGAUUCUGUCCCACCCGUCGGUCGCGUGUUUCAUGAGCCACUGUGGGUGGAACUCGACGGUCGAGGGGGUUGUGUGCGGUGGGGUGCCGUUUGUGUGCUGGCCGUAUUUCGCAGACCAGUUUAUGAACGAGACGUACAUUUGCGACGAGUGGAAGAUUGGAUUGAGGGUGAGGAAAGAUGAGAAUGGGAUUAUUGGGCAUGGAGAGAUUAAGGACAAGCUGGAAAGUGUUUUGAGCGAUAAGAGCUAUAAGGAGAGAGCUUUGGAUCUUCAGGAGAAAACCAUGGAUAGCAUCAGGGGAGGGAAAACUCAUGAGAAUUUUAAUUAUUUUAUUGAGUGGAUCAAAGGAAACUGA